AUGGCAAGAAAACAGAACCAUAGAAGUAGAGAUAAAUACGACAAGUUGGAAAGAAUGUCUGUCGAGAAGAAAGGAGAAAAUAAGAUUGUAUGCACGCAAGACUUUCUUCGCCAAUAUUUCGUAUCAGAAAGUGUUGGUAUUCAAUUUGGAUUAAACAACAAAACUGUUAAAAGGAUGAAUGAGAAAGAAUUUGAUGAGGCAGUAAACUGCAUUAUGGCAUCGAUAAAUUAUUCCAAGUCAACAUUGAAACGAACGGCUUCGAGUUCCCUCUUAAGGAAUUCCUGCAAGAAACAUACCACGCUAGAUCUUCCGUUUAUCUUAGACAAUGCUUUAUGUUUGCCGAAGGGGUCGGAGAGUAAUAAUUACGAUACAAAUCUUUUAUAUAGUGAUACGUUAUACGAAGAUUAUUCUUUAAUAGAAAGAAAUGACCAAAGGAGAAAUGAAAUAGAGGAAGACUUUAGUUUCACGUUACUACAAAGUGAGGUAAAUGAAAUGAGACCCAUAUCUUCGUCCAGUACCCCUCAAAUAUUACAGUCAGAUUAUUCUUUAGUGAUGCAUGAGGCACAGGCGUCAAAUGGAAGCAUAUUUCAGUUUAGCAGCCCCUAA